AGACAAAGAUCUCAAAGGCUAUCUCAGAUCACUUGAAGCUCUACUGGGCACGCGGCCAUGGUUUGCAGGGGACAAGAUCACCUUUGCGGAUUUCCUCGUCUAUGAUAUCCUGGACCAGCACCAAAUGUUUGAACCCAAGUGCCUGGAUGCCUUCCCGAACCUGAAGGACUUUGUGGCUUGCUUUGAGGGCCUGAAGAUCUCUGCCUACAUGAAGACCAACUGCUUCCUCCCAAGCCCUGUGUACUUAAAACAGCCCACGUGGGGUAACAAGCAGGACUCUGCACUGCUGCUCCUGCUGGGCCACGCCAUCCGCCUGCUCCUGGAAUACACAGAGACAAGCUAUGAAGAGAAGAGAUACACCAUGGGGGACGCUCCCGAUUAUGACCGAAGCCAGUGGCUGAAUGACAAGUUCAAGCUGGGCCUGGACUUUCCCAAUCUGCCCUACUUAAUUGAUGGGUCCCACAAGGUCACCCAGAGCAACGCCAUCCUGCGCUACCUUGGCCGCAAGCACAACCUGUGUGGGGAGACAGAAGAGGAGAGGGUUCGUGUGGAUAUUUUGGAGAAACAAGUUAUGGACAGCCGCAUUCAGAUGGGCACACUCUGCUACAGCCCUGACUUUGAGAAACGGAAGCCAGAGUUCUUGAAGGGCCUCCCAGAUCACUUGAAGCUCUACUCCGAGUUCCUGGGCACUCGGCCAUGGUUUGCAGGGGACAAGAUCACCUUUGCGGAUUUCCUCGUCUAUGAUGUCCUGGACCAGCACCAAAUGUUUGAACCCAAGUGCCUGGAUGCCUUCCCGAACCUGAAGGACUUUGUGGCCCGCUUUGAGGACCUGAAGAAGAUCUCUGCCUACAUGAAGACCAGCCGCUUCCUCCCGAGCCCUGUGUACUUAAAACAGGCCAUGUGGGGUAACAAGUAGGACCCUGCACUGCUACUACUGGUAGGGAAGACCUGUCAGUGACCCAGGUGCCCUGGACACUGACUGGGCUGCAGCUAGCUUCCAGUAACUUCUCUGCAUCAGCCCCCCCAUUUCUUCCUGUCUUUUCAUGACCUUCCCCUCUACAAGAACCCUGUUUUUUUCACUCAAGCCUUGCCCUUGCCAAAGUCCCUUUCUUCUCUUAUUUGCUCCUGUCAUGUUUCUUCCCAGACAACCUCACUGUGCUUUAAGCAGCUCAGUUGGUGCCUUUACUCUUCCCCCAACCCCCCAUCCCCCCCGCCACUGUUGCCCAAAGAUCCAUGCUGCCUGAUAUGCAGGCUCGGUCUCCAAGAGUGGGAUGGCCCAGCCUUGUUAGAUCUCUAGUAAAGAAUGAGCCACACUUGCUUUGUGUCCUGUCUUAUCUCCUAUGAUUUUUGUUCUGUUAUUCAUAAGGACAGUUAGGUGAUGGGGACAUGGGGGUGGGCUCUCAAUUAGGCAUGAAGUAAGAUCAUGCACAGGAAUGGGAAAUAUGGCUAAUCUGUUAAGAGCACUUCCUGUUCCUGCAUGGGACCUGGAUUUGGUUCACAACGGGGGCUCACAAUAACCUGUAAACCCAACUCCAGGGAAUCUGAUGCUGUCUGCUGCUUGCUCCGGCCCUCGCAUACACUUGGCACACAUGAACUUGGGCAAUCAGACACACAUACACACAUUAACGAAUCUUUUUAAAAAAGAGAGAGAUCACAAUGUCCCCUACGGUAUUUACCUGGGAUCCUUUAGCAGUCCCUCAUUCAUAAUCCUGCAGUUGUAGUACCUCCAUUGGCUAUGUGCAACUACCUGUGAGCCUGGCAUCUGAGAGGUGCUGGGCUGAUGCGCAAAGGGUGAGCAGGCUCCAAAUCAGUGUCUGGCCUCACCUAGAAGUUAUCUCUCUCUCUCUCCAAGAGGUUUUGCUGUAAAUAUUCCCUACUGUUGGUGAUUGUGUUGUGGGAUCUUCAACAAAUUCAAUCAUCAGCUCUUUGAUCCUGGCCUUGUUGAUAUGUCCCACAGCGUCUGGCAUAUUGCUAAUGUUCAGGAAAUUGUGAAGAUUUGCUUUAGAGAUUCUUGUCCCAGUGUUUGGAGGAAGAGCUCUGGAAAUAACCAUAGGACAAGGUACCGUUUUCCAUGUGGAGGUGCUGUAGUCCAACCCGGAGACUCACUCUCAUCUGAAACUUAAGAGGCUGCACCUGACUUUGAGCAACUGGAGAUGGACAGGUCUACUUUCCCAGGCACCAAAGCAGCAGUGUGUGACUAGAGGUGCUAUCAAGUCACCCAGCAAGGAACUUGACUCAUUGAAGAAGCAUCCAAUGAGCAGGAUCCUCAAUGGCAGCCAGAUCAUGGAUUCUGGCCUUUGCUAAGCACUUCCUACUAUCUAAGAACAGGUUGGAGGGUAGCCCUAUUGGGCAUUGCCAAGUUCCAGCUGCUGCCUACUACAGCAGUGAAGAAGUAAGCACUCUUGGGAAGGAUGUGAGAGUCAUUAUGAAAUAAGUGAUUAAUUAAAAUGUAAGGCUUGUAAUAAAAGAGAUUAUUUCCUUUA